AUGAAAAUAUCCAUUGUACUAGCACUUUGCUGCAGUUUUUUCUCUAGCAGAGCCACCCCUCUCCCAUUUGAGCUUUCAGACUGUAAUGACCCUGAUGUCUUUAAAGCUGUAGACACAGCAUUGAAGAAAUACAAUGGAGACAGAGGAACCGGUAACCAGUUUGCUCUGUACAUGGUGAUGGAAGCCAAGAGAACUGCAGGUCCUGACGCACAAUUCUAUGUGAAGUAUCGAAUACAUGAAACCACUUGUGCCACUGAUGAAAACAAACUCUGGCAAGACUGUGAUUACAAAGCAGCUGCAGAGGCUACAAGAGGAGAAUGCACAGCUCGAGUUCACAUGAAUGAUGCUGAAAAUACAAGUAACGUUUCCCAGAACUGCAGUAUGGUUCCAGCUGCACAAAAAGUAUCACUUACUGAGGCUAGAUGUCUUGGAUGCUUUCAUCAUAUAUCAAGUGACAGUUCAAAAGUCUCAGAAAUUCUGAAACGAGCCAUUCAGAAGUUUAAUGAGCACAGUGCUGAACCUGCCAUUUUUAAGCUUGUGGAAGUAAAAGAAGCUCAAAGACAGGUGGUAGCUGGAUGGAAUUACAUAAUUAAAUAUGAAAUCAAGGAGACUAAUUGCUCCAAAGACCAAUCCCCAGAUUUAACUCCAGAGUGUAAAGCCACUUCUAGAGGUCGAGUUGCAAAAUGUGAUGCCAAAGCAUAUGAAAGUCCUCAGGGGCAGAUCAUAGAUGUUGCACACCAAUGCAGGCUCCCAGUUUCAGAAGAGAGGGUAAUUCCAGGCAGGCACACUGGUUGUUCAAAGAUUAUUCCAAGAGACAGUCCAGAACUGAAGGAACUGCUGAAGCUUGCUAUGGAGAAGUAUAAUACAGAAAAUGAUGAUGACUUCUACUAUAAAGCUGGAAAAAUAGGAAGAGCAACAGUUCAGGUGGCUGCAGAAAAAAAGUAUAAUCUAGAACUUGCAGUCCGUAAGACAAACUGCUCAAAGCAAGAGUUUGAAAAACUACAUGAAGACUGUGAAGCCACAGCAGACAGUGUAUCAUUGCCAUGUGAAGCACAAAUUCAUGUAGACCUAAGGGGGAAUACAAUCUUUUCCCAGAUUAACUGCUCUGUAAAACUGACACCGAAUGUUCUUCUGAGAAGACCUCCUGGAUUCACACCUUUCCGAAGCUUCCCUGCACAAGAUAAGUCAAAUGAAAUUUUAUGCUCUGAUAAAAAUGAGGAAGAAAGCCAAACACCUGGUGAAGAAACAAGAAAAGAUGAUGGAGAGAAAACAAAUGAAGGUGAACUUAAGCAUAAACACAGGCAUAAACUUGGGUAUAAACAUAGGCAUGGAUAUAAAAAAGAUCAUGUUGACAAGAAACCUGGGCAUGAAAUUAGUUGUGGGCACAGAACUGGCCACGGGUGUGGGCAUAAAAAACACAGUAAAUAUGGUCAGAAAUAAAAUGAAAGAGUUUUUAAUCAAAACAAAACGUCAUCAUCUAGUGCUGAAACAGCAUCAGAGCUGGUUAAUUCUGGGGUUGCAAGAAAGGAAACCAGUACACCUGCAGAACCACUAAUUCUUCCUGAUACUUCUUUAUAAGGAUUGCCAGAUGGCCCAGAAUCUCCUCUCCCCAGAUGUCCUGGAAAACCAUGGAAACAAAUGAUGGACCUUCCAGCUCCUAGCUUUCCCAGAGAAUUCACAAAUGAAGAUCUCUUGCCUUCUGCAGAAAACAACAAUCCAGGAACAGAAAACUCAACUCCUCCCCAAAAUGAAGAGAAAGAUCUUGAUCUCUCAGAUGCUUUAUAA